AUGCAGCAAAUUACACCAUUUGAAAAAUCUAUAUGCAAGUAUGGAACUUUACACUUGGAACCACAUACUAUGGCUUUAUGUGACGAUGUAUCAGACAGCAAACUGUUUCAAGGUGAUAUGCUAUUAACUGCUGAACAACGAUCCCUUUUCGAGGAUAGUAAGAGUGUUAAAAGAGCAGCUAUCAUAAAAAGGUAUCAUUGGACGAACAAAACUAUUUAUUAUGAAAUUUCCCCAAAACUUGGUAAAAACGCAACAAGAUUAAUAAGAAGGGGAAUACAGCGUUGGCAAGAAUCAACCUGCCGGCAGCUCCUCUCUAUUGGCAAAGAAUGUGAGAAUAUUAAAACUGUUCUUCAUGAAAUUGGACAUGCUAUUGGUUUUUUUCACGAACAAUCCCGAUCAGAUCGAGAUUCUUACAUCAAAGUUAUGAAAGAUAAUUUUAUAGAGAAAGAUUCAAGGUUUGAAAACCAGUUUUAUGUAUUUAAAACCGCGUCAGAUAGUAUGGGAUAUCCUUACGACUUUGAGUCAAUUAUGCACUACCCUGGAGAUUUAGGUGCAAAAAAUGGAACGAAAACGAUGGAAAUAUUGGAAAAAUACCGAUAUCUAAACUUUACACUAGGGAUGAAAGAAGAUUUAACUUUUUUGGACAUUGCCCAAGCUCGAGCUAUGUACAAAUGCAAUAAGAUUCCUAUUCCAGAAAGCAAAAUGGUCUGUGUUAGCAGGAAAACAAAAGGUCGUGAUUACAGAGGGAAGUUGGAUUACACAGAGAAAGGUGUCAUGUGCCAACCCUGGAAUAAGAAGUAUCCGCAUUCUCAUAAUUACAGUUUGUCAACCAACGAAGACGGACUUGGUGAACAUAAUUAUUGUCGCAAUCCAGCUGGCAAACGAAAACGUCCAUGGUGUCUUACAACUCUAACGAAUCAUAAAUGGCAAUACUGCGAUUUAAAAUUAUGUCAAAAUUGA